CACAACAACUGAACAUAAGAGAAACCGCUCUAGGCGACGCCAAGAGCUUAGGCCACCAAGAACAAUCACAACUGUGGGUCUGUGGCGACCAGCGAAGAAUCACGGAGGUGAAGCAGUCUCAAACACCUCGCAGAGAUGAGCAGCACGGGGCUGUUCUUGCCUUGCUCUGCCCUGUUCCUCUUCCUCACCAAGGCAUCUCCUCUCGCCAAGGGCCGCCGGGCGGCGGCGGCGGCAAGGUGCAGCACUGGACCCGCCAUGUCAGCGUGGCAUGAGGAGGACGGGGAGAGGGAAGGGUUGCCAAUGGUGGGGAGGAGGCGUGCAUUGGUUUCUGCUGUCUGUGGAGCUUCAGUGCUCGGGUUUGCAGGCCAUGGCCUAGCGGCCACGCAGGGGCUGCUGGCAGGGAGGAUCCCGGGCUUGUCAGAUCCUGAUGAAAAUGGCUGGAGAACAUACCGUAGGCCAGACGAGAAGUCCGGCGGCCAUGGAGUCGGGUGGAGCCCCAUCAUCCCCUACAGCUUCAAAGUUCCUGAUGGCUGGGACGAGGUCCCAGUGUCGAUUGCUGAUCUUGGUGGCACGGAGAUCGACCUGCGUUUUGCAAACCCAAAGGAGGGCCGGUUGUUCGUCAUCGUAGCCCCAGUUCGCAGGUUUGCAGAUGAUCUUGACGAUGCGACCAUCGAGAAGAUUGGCAACCCGGAGAAGGUGAUCAGUGCCUUUGGUCCAGAAGUCAUCGGAGAGAAUGUGGAAGGGAAGGUCUUGUCCUCAGCGACAGCAGAACAUUCAGGAAGAACUUACUACCAGUUUGAGUUGGAGCCACCCCAUGUGUUCAUUACAGCCACUGCUGCUGGGAACAGGCUCUACCUGUUCAGCGUAACUGCAAGCGGUAAAACCUGCGUUUUCUUAAUCUCAGAAACGUAUGCUAUUUAUUUGAACUUUUUUAUCCUGAACAGCAGCUGUGAUUGCAGGUCUGCAAUGGAAGAGGCAUUACAAGGAUCUGAAACAAAUAGCAGAAUCAUUUCGUGUCGUGUAGAGUUUCCAGGGCUUCUUUUACAGUACUGCUUUUUGUAAACACGAUUAGAGGACAUGAGGGAUGCUAUUAUUUAGAGAGGAUAAGUGAACAUCAUCUUUGAUGGUCACUUAAAAUUAGAAAGCUGAAGCAAGUUCAACAGUAUGUUAAGCUUGCUCUUUAAAGGCUAAAUGCUUGUAACAAGAAAAAAUUUCAGAUAUUGCCUGAGGGCCAUAUAGACCCUUGCAAAUGCAUA